AUGGAGCCUCAAAAGUCAGCCGGAGCGUCUUCUGAGAAGCUGGAACGAAGUAUUGAAAAAAAGCCUGAAAUAGUCCCUCCGACUCCUACCGUGGAGGAAGAAGAUUCUGAUGAUGACGAUGAAUUGGAUGAUUUUCUCGACGAUUUUGAAACCCCUUCUAUCCCAGCGAUCCAGACGAGAGCGGUUAAAGCUGAAGGCCAAGGCGUACCCCAGACUGAUAGUGAACAAUCAUCAUCCCUUGACGAUGAUUUUGCUCGCCAGUUACAGCUCGGAAUGCAAGACUUGCUGGGCGAAAUACAGGAUUCAAAAGAGCUACAAGACCAAUUUGAACACCUUGUAAAAGAGCUUAGCGACGCCGCUACGGGGGGUAAAGCUACAACUUCAUCAUCUUCCGCUCCAAAGCCAUUAAAAGCACCUGCAAACUUUCAAGAUCGCAUUAAACAGACAAUGGAGAGAAUGAAAUCUUCGGAAGCUGAAGUUGAUGCUGCAGUAGCCGAUUCUGAAGGAGACGAUUUCCUCGCAGAGAUGUUAAAACAGAUGCAAGGUGCCGGUGGGGAUGGGGAAAGCGAUGAGGACUUUUCAAAAAUGUUGUUGACUAUGAUGGAGCAGUUGACCAGCAAGGAGAUUCUCUAUGAACCUAUGCGAGAGUUGGCCGACAAGUACCCAGAGUGGCUACGAAAGAAUGAAGGGAAGGAGCCGAGUGAAGAUAUCGAGCGAUACAGAGAUCAGUAUCUAGUUGUUAAGGAGAUUGUUGCCAAAUUUGAGGAACCGGCAUAUCGUGAUGAAAAUGAUAAAGAUAGAGACUAUAUUAUCGACCGGAUGCAGAAGAUGCAAGCUGCGGGAGCGCCACCCACGGAGCUGAUGGGGGAAAUGGGUCAAGGUCUUGAUCUUCCCUCAGAUAUGGAUUCGAAUUGCACUAUUUCAUGA